AUGGCUGCACCCAACAUUUCGAUGCCUCCUCCAGGCACCCCGGCUCAGGAAUGGGCGUCGCAGACGAUUUCUCAAGCGACCGAGUCGGAACGGCCGAUUGCACACGGCGAAAACAGCAUGCCCUCUGUAGGCACCGCACAGCAAGCAACCGGCACAGGCUCGUCCGGCAUUGUGCCUGCGACCCGGACUGACGCGAAGUACGCCGAAGCGACAACUCAUGCUGCGCCUCCCGCGCAGCCGCAGACCCCCGGAACGGAUUUCCCUGGCUCGUAUCCCUCUUCGGGCCUGACGCCCGCAGACGAGAAGGCGAACUUCUCCGCGGUAUCGAACGCAUGGGCUCCCAUCCAGGACUCGCUCGGAAAAGCCGCCCAGACCGCUGCGUCGUACCUCCCCGCCGGCGUCGCCGACACUAUUAACCAAUACGUCCCGGGUGCCGCCCCGAGCACCGCCCAAGCGUCCGCCAAUGACGCUACACACACCACCUCUUACCCAUCAAAGGAAAUCGCUGGUCAUCUCCCUGGCGAGCACGUCGGUGGAGUCGGAGCGCUCCCAGGCGCGAUAACUGAGUCAGCAGUAUCGAAGCUCCCCGAUGAACGUAUCCCCGGUGAGGCGGGCAGCGGUACCGCGACCACCCAAGCACAGACUGCGCUCGAGACUGCCAGGCAGAAGCUCGCCGAAACCGGAAUCGCUGCUUCCGCAACCGCCGGAGCUGCUGCAGGUACAGUAGUCGGCGUUGCUCAGGGCGCGAAGGACAAAGUUACGGGCACAGUAGCCAGCGCUACCAGUACCGGCACGACCACCACCGCCAUCGCCCCCGCUACGUCUCUCCCCACGGACGAGGUUGCAGGCCAGGGCGAGUACGAGCGCUCGUCAGGCGCGGGCAAGCUUCCGGGUACUAUUGCCGAGACAGGUGUGGCCGUCCUCCCGCAGGAGAAGGUGUUGCUCCCGACGAGUGAGACCGAGGGCGCGUACCCGGGCGAGAAAACCUCUGGCGUCGGCCCGCUUCCGGGUCGCGUAGGAGAAGAAGGCGUUGCGAAAGCGCCGGGCGAGUACAAUACCACCCUGCACUCGGGCGCGGCCAAGCUCGACGGCGUGUCGUUACCAACUACGGAAACGGAGGGCGUACGCCCGAGCGAGAAGACGGCGGGUGUGGGGGCGUUGCCGGGGCGCGUCGACGAGCAGGGCGUGGCUAAGUUGCCAGACGAGAGUGCGCCGACGAAGAAGACGGAGGCGGUGAAGCAGAAGGUGGAGAAGGCCGCGGCUGUCGCGCCGGGCAAGGCGAACGGGACGGCUCCGCUCGACACCACGUCGACUACUAGCGCGCCUUCGGCGUCGUCCGGCGAAGCUUCGCCGCAUAAAUCUGGAUUCAUGAGCAAGAUCAAGGGCGAGGUGAAGAUCUUGUCGGGCAAGCUUGGUCGGAAUCACGACAAGGUUGAGGAAGGGAAACAGUUGAAGGCUGGUACUGUGCAAUAA